AAGAAGACGAUAGCGCAGUAUGGGCAGGUGUGGUUCCGGGACUUUGGCGCCUCUCUUAUCAUGGGAAGCGACAUAUUAUCUUUGAUUGUUGAUCAUGCUCACCACCACCGCCUCCGCUCGCCUGCCGAUCUCUUGCAGCAUACCAAGUGGUGCAAUUCGGAGCUCUAUGGCGACGAGAUUGUCCAGAUCAUUAGACUGAUCCGUCCCCCGCCACCUCCGGCCGCUGUCAAAAGUGCGCGCUUGUGCGGAAAGUGCAGGGCUCCGGGUCAUCGAGGUCAGUGA